AUGUCUGAAUCUCGAGCCACUCCGUCGGAAUCUCAGCCUUUACCGUUGAUAAAACUUGUUCAUCAAGUUCUCAUCCUCACACCUAGGAAGUCUUACGCAUUCAAUGAUUUUUACGGUUUUGGAUAUGAUGGUGUAUCUCGUGACAACUACAAAAUCUUGAGAUUUUACGAUGAACGUAUUUUCGAAGACAGGCAUACGGGUAAGUACGACCCACCGGUUGAGAUAUACGACCUCAAGGCAAAUUCUUGGAAAACUCUUGACAUUUCUUUGGACUGGGUAGUAUACUCGCCGUGUACUGCCUUAUCAGCUUUUAGAGGAGAUAAGCUUUCUUUGCUUCACCAACGCAUAUACGAAGACCAUGAUCAAGUUGGGGAGACUACGGUAUGGGUCACAAACAGUGUCAAAGAUAAGGUUGUUUCUUGGACCAAAUUGUUUGUUGUGUGGAGACCUGAUCUGCCAGCAUUUAAUCUAGGUGAAGUUCCUCCUCAUUCGGUGUUCUUUAUUGACCAAAAAUAA